UCUAUACUACGUAUCAAUAAAACAUGCGAAUGACGGAAGGACACGACUCAUUCAGUCCGCCCAUUUUAUUAUCGGCGCAUGAUUCAAAGAAAAAAAAUUCUGUCGUUUGGGAAAACAAUCGUUUUACUGAUGGCCUGCUGUUUGAAACAGACGAGUUCGCUCCAAUUCCAGUUGCCAAGGGAUCCAACGACGGCAAAGACACGAUACUUGGAAGAAGCAAUGUCAGCCGAUUCGCAACUAGGACAAAGCCAAAAGGACAACGAUGUCGCAAUCAGUUCAGAUGUGGCCGAAGAAGAAUACUGGCCGGCUCCUCCGCUCCUAACCGGGCACAAGAUCCACACCAUUCGAUUUGGCGGGAGCGGAGCCAGCAGGCACGGCAAUGUAGCCGGGAAUGGAAGAGACCAAGAUCAUGGGCGCGUUCUUAGGUAUAAGAGCAUGUCGAGCGAGGCCCUAACCCCCCUGGACAUGACGUACAGCGAUGGCAACGAUGCUCUUGGCGACGAUGAAUUUUACGACGGGACGGGAAAUCUCAUGUGGAUGGCCGCCGUUUGCUUCGGGCACCUGGUUGCCAAAAACGCAGAGCCGCUGCGGAACUAUCUGCCGCGAACACGACACGGAUCCGAGAAAGCAUACGGAGAUCGCCAACACAGAACACGGCAACGACAACGACACCGCGUUUGCGAGCUGGGAUGCGGGACGGGCGGAGCGGGGAUUUCGUUGCUAUUGUUUUCGAAUCCCUCACAAAACGGGGUUAAUGGAAUGGAGGAAAGUGAUUCCAGAGAGACAACCACUGUCGGCACGAACAAGAUCGCCGUGGAGAAGAGCGAUGAUGGCGAUAUAGAUGGUUGCUGCCAUGUUGUCUUCACCGACAACGAUCGGGAGAGCCUGGAAUUGUGCAAGUCGAAUUGCGAAUUGAACGGUCUUGACGAGAGGGAUUACUCUCACCGGCUUCUGUGGUGGGGCCCACAGGACCAGAACCAGCAGGAAAACAGAGAGGAGGAAGAAUCACCGUUGCAAAGCACACCACUAGAACAGCAUUCGUUCGACACCGUUCUGGCCACGGAUGUGGUUUACGACCUGAAGAUGAUUGCACCGUUGUUUCAGACGGUCGAAUUCCUGCUCAGAAAGCCGGUCCGGCAAGGAUGCGACAAACCAAGCGCCGAGGGCUCAGAGGGUGGGCACCUGAUCCUUUCCCACGUACCGCGCUUUUGCAUUCCGAGGCAAGACCGGGACGAAGCAGGGGUGGAGCCGGGCAACGAAUCCUGCGGCGACGGCGACGGCGACAGCGACGAACCCGGGGAGGCCUUUCUGGAGCUGGAACGGUUCAUUCGGUCCGAGGCCGGGAAGGUCGGUUUGUCUCUGGUGGAAACCAUUCGACCCCACACCGUCUUGUCCGAAGACGAUCUCGCGGCGGCCGGCACCGGUUGCGACGGAACCAGGGACGACGACGACGACGACAACGACAACGAUUCCAUGCAGCAGCUCACCCCGGCGCAGAUGAAAGAAGCGCACGCCGUCGUCUUUGUCUUUCGACAGAUGCAGGAUUGAUUGGGUGAUUCGAGAUCCUGCUUUGUUCAGUUUGCUGUGCCGUCCCUUUUUCUGAUCUGGUCUCGGGAGAAUCAGGAAAAAAUACCCGCAUGGUCGAAUGGACCGGAUACCAUCGAGCAGUGCUCCCUCGAAGAAUGUUCGUUGACAGGCUGAUAGAAAAAGAAAACAAGUAGCAAUUG